CUCUUUCUCCUCCAAGUCUAAAUUGCUUAGCAGUGCGGCAAUGACCAACUCUAUUGUUCUUCUUCUAUUUUUCUUAACAUUCUUAGAACAUGGAUUGUUCUUUCAAAGGGUCUCCUCUCUUGGCAUAAACUACGGUCAAGUCGGUGACAAUCUUCCUCCACCAAACAAAGUUCUACAACUCUUGAGCUCACUCAAUAUUAACAAGACAAGAAUCUACGACACAAACCCUCAAGUCUUAACCUCAUUCGCCAAUUCCAACAUUGAGCUCUUCGUCACUGUCGAAAACGAAAUGCUUCCUAGCUUGGUCGACCCUCAAAAAGCUCUCCAGUGGGUCACGUCCCGUAUGAAACCCUACUUUCCCGCCACCAAGAUAGGCGGUAUUGCUGUCGGCAACGAACUAUACACCGACGAUGACUCAAGCCUCAUAGGGUAUCUAGUGCCUGCAAUGACGAGCAUUCAUGCUGCUCUGGUCCAAACUGGACUAGACAAGUACAUUCAAGUAUCGACUCCGAGUUCACUAUCAGUCCUUCAAGAAUCUUACCCUCCCUCCGCCGGAUGUUUUAGGCCGCAAGUAGCUGGCGUAAUGACGCAGCUUCUAAGUUUCUUGCGUAGCACAAAAUCCCCUUUUUGGAUCAAUGCUUACCCUUACUUCGCUUACAAAGAUUCCCCAACAAAGAUCCCACUAGACUACGUACUCUACAACCCUAACCCUGGGAUGGUUGACCCCUACACCAAGUACCACUACGACAACAUGCUCUACGCUCAAGUAGACGCUGUGAUCUUCGCCAUGGCAAGGCUUGGCUUUAAAGAUAUCGAGGUUGGGGUCUCGGAGACUGGGUGGCCGUCUAAAGGCGACGGAGAUGAGAUUGGGGCCACCGUGGCCAACGCGGCAGUUUAUAACAAGAAUCUUCUAAAGAGACAGCUUCAUGGUGAAGGAACGCCAUUGAGACCAAACAUGAGUCUUGAUGUUUAUCUCUUUGCUCUCUUCAAUGAAGACCUUAAACCAGGACCAACGUCUGAGAGGAACUAUGGAUUGUAUCAGCCUGAUGAGAACAUGACUUACAAUGUAGGUUUAUUAUCAUCAUCGUCAACAUCAUCACAAUCAUCUACUUCAACUAAUUCUUUUAUGUCCAUCACCUCCUCUGCCUCCACGGCUAUAAAGGAGGGAAAGCAACGGCUGAUGACAUGCGUUUAUUUGGUGGCCAUUCACAUGAUUAUUAGAAGACCGUACUAGAAGCAGAAACAAAAU